GAUUAAAGUAAUCUACCGCGAGAUGUAUUGGAAACUGUUUGUGUCACUGCUCCCGCACCUGCUUAUUUGUAAUUGCUUGGCCAGAUCUGUUAUUUAUGAAAACGUCGAGAACGAUGUUGUCGCUGUUGGUUCACUCAUUCGCGAGGUACGUCAACCGGCGCCAUUAAGUCUCAUUGCGGGAGUGAGGGACUUAAUAAGCGCUGGUAACGCACCGAAGUCACAAGAUACUAAAAAACACAUGAAAAACGCAUCUGGCAAAUCGGACGAGGGCGGUUACUACAGAACCUACGGGAGCGAUGCGGAGGGUGAGAAGGGUUACUUGAAGGAAACCUUCGGUAAAGGUGAUCAUGGCUACAAGACUCUCGACACCUUCCACAAACAGGAUGGCGAUAAAUACGAGUUCGAGACGCAAACCACUUAUGGCAAAGGCCAUGCUGAUGAUAGUCACAAAAAACAUCAUGACGAGAAAAAGAAUGACCACGAGGGCGCAGGUACCAUGAUCGAUGCGGAAUACGCCGCUGAUGGGGGUGAUCACAAUGAAGGAAGCGAAUACUCGCACUAUACCGGAGGCGACGAUGGAGAUCAUUAUAGUAGCCAUUACACAGAGAAAGAACCGGAAUCUUACAGCCACAACGAAAAUUAUUCCUCUGGAGAUGGUGACGAGGAAUCUUACGAAAAGCAUGGCUCUUACAGCUCUGAUGGAGAAGAGGAAGAAGAAGGGGAUCAUUAUUAAUUUAUCAGUGUAUAUCAUUUUAAUGUCAAAUGUUCAGUCCUAAUUGGAGCUUCUUCUUUUUAAUUUCGACCGCAACCUGUUAUUAUAAAUAUUAAUGUUGUCCGCAACUCGUAAUAACCGCAACCUGUAACAACCACAACCUGUUAUCAUAAAUAUAAAAUACGCGCGUCAUCAUUGAAAUUAUCAAAAACACAAUAAUACAUAUUUUUUUUUCGUAUAUGGGUAAAUACAAUUUUAAUAAAAAUGAUGUACUCGCCCGCACGCAAACGCACAUACACAUUUUCGUUACAAGCGAUUAAUACUUACUUUGGAACUAAAUUUGUAAUAUAGAUCGAUCGUAAUAGUAAUUUAUGUUUAAUAACCAAUAAA